UGUAAAGGAAACCAGCUGAACAGUAAGUGUAAGGAUGUGGGAGAAAACGGGGUGGCACGGAUUACUGACUCAGCAAGUCUUGAGAGGGUGAAAAACAUCAUUUCUGACAGCGAAGAGUAUUGGACUAGACUAAGGUGAGAAUGACCAAGUAUUUGCCGGUGCAAAUUAAAAUUCAACUAAUCUUGCAACUGUUAUUAAUUACGAUAACCUAGCGGCGGACAACGUUCAAGACGGGGGGGAUCCCAUGUCGCUCGUCUGAACAGUUUUAAAACGUCUCGCUCGUGUGCGUGUCUAUAAAUGCUUCACGUCACUGUCGGAAAUUGAACGAAAAUUCCUUAUCUUCGUCGGAAUUUUAGAGAAGGGCGAUGGCGAUGCGUUGUAAAGAAACCAUUACAGUUCUGCAAUUUCUCAGUUAACGUUUUGCGUAUCGAACACCUAUAUAUCGCCAUUCACAAUUAACACAAUUCACAGGAGCCGGUCCACUGAAGCUCACUAACAAGAGACGUUGUCUGAAGCGCAAGGAAAUUUGACGAAAAUUACUCCUUCUUGGUAUUCAGACUGGUGAUAAAUUAGCCAAACCAACGUUCUUUGUCGCUUAUUCUCGGCUUUGCCGUCACUGUCGCAGUUUGGCGGAGGGAGGCUGUCUCUUGUCGCGAUUUCAUUUUACGCUCUGUCGCUACUUUUUGGGUCAUGUCGCUUGUAAAUAGAAUUUACCCUGGCAGGGCCACGUUCAGCAACGACCCGCACUAAUGUUGCAUAAACAUUACCCCCACCAGCAAAUAUGACUUUUAAUCUGUGACACCACAGGCAAACCACCUUCUGAUCGUGUGGUUGUUGUUAUAGAAUUAAAAAAACAAUAAAAUUGUAAGACGUGUAAACAUAACGGCGGCUACGUACAAAAUACAGUUUGAACGUAAAUUUUCAAUAGAAGUUCAAGUGAAGUGUUAACUUAAGGUGUAUCCCUAGAGUAAAUUGUCCGUGCGCAGCCUGAGCACUAGUAUGGCGCGAGCUUUAAAAUCCGCGCGACGUCCACGCAAAAAUAAAACAAACAUGGCCUCUUUGUUUCGAAAUAUUUCCCCCCAAAAACUUUAUUAACCCUCUGCUGAAGCUCAUUUUGCAAAAAGUUUGGUUAGUGUAGGUCAAACAUUUAUGAGAGGAGACAAUGUUAAAUUACACCGGUUACAAGCCACUAUCGAUCUCUAUAAGAGUAAAUUGUAUGUAAAAACGAAGCAGAAAUUUUCCAGACUUUAAUUCUUUCGCUUCAAAAGUAGACAAACGUAAAAUAGUCCAAGUGAAUGGUGAAUAGAAACUUUACAAGGAAAACAAAGAAAUAAGUACGCUAACCCUAAAGGAAGCAAUGUUACUGUUUCUGUCCUUUUGUUCACGGUCAGUGGAAAGAUCUGAAAGAUCGAGCCAAGUCCCGAACAACCACUCAAGAAUGUCUUCACCGGCGGCGCUCCUCGGUCACUUCAUUUCUCUUACAUUGGAUUUGAUUAAGAAAUUCUAGAAGUGGCUUUAAGGCAAGAUUACAGCAAGUAUAAAUUUUUUUGUUUUGCUGACUCUAUCACAUUGUUUAAAAAACUUAUCAGAAGAAAGGUUUCCUACUUAAUUUGCAUCCUGAUCGAAGAAACCUUCCCAUCGACGAACCAACAUCCUUGUACAUUUUCCUUUUCAAAAGUUCUUUAACGCACAAGGUGCACUAGAAAAUGUUGUUGCACAAACAAAAAUAAUUUUUGAGUCACAGAUUGACCCUUGACGAAAGAAAUAGUAGAUUAUCCGUCGAGAACUACGGUCUUGUACGUGCAGCUGAGGACGUGAUGUACUUUUUUUUAGAUCGACGCCAUCUUUUACAGCAGGCUUUUAAAGAAAAACUUCGCCGUCGAAAUUAUCCCUAAAGAGGAACAAGCUUGAAAAAGUAUCCGGAAGUGGGCUGGCAUUUGAAGAUCUGCAAACAGUCGGUACAGCAGAUUAGGAAAUGAAGGCCUUAUCGCGAUCCUUGCAAAACCACCGUCUUCAUCUCCGAUGAUCGCCAUCCGCACGAGUAGUGACCACCACGGCUCGAAUUUUGGCUACACUGGUUAAGUAUUUCGAAGAAAACAUCCAGUGUUUGGUAUAAAAUUGAAUCCGCUAUCUCGAUCUCCUUUUUCAACUGGCGAGAUAUCACCGUAAUAAUACUGAUAAACAGUUAGCUUUAACAAUUGCUUUCGCACUUUUCGAAGAAAUCACAUGUUUUUAGCUAUGUGCGUUAUGCACAGGCGAGCGUUAUGCACAUGCGAGCGCGCGCGUAUUUUGCUCAUACGACCUCGAACCACGCAACAGCCUUAAUCCAGAAAAUGAAACUUGAUAAAGGAGCCUUUUUACAGGGUGAAUUUCGUGAACCAAAUCGCAAAGACAAAGUAACUAGAUUUCAUUCUGCAUCGUAUGCUAGAUAGCUAGGGUUAUUAGUAAAUACUCUAGGGAGCCACCUUAAUGAAUAAAUUAUCGACAGCUGACCAAAAAAAAAAACAAAAACAAAAUCAAAAACACCCAACGACAAAAUGUUUCCAAAUACUUAUGUCGUUUUGUUUGUCUUAUCCGAAACUGUUGGAUUCCCCGAUAGUUCUGGUCGACGGUGUGGCCGACUGGAGGUAUGAGCUGAGCGGCACUUUCUUAAAAAAAACUCUAGGGGACGCUUUGUUUGUAUAACGAAAUUUUCAGGAGACCUUUAAACCACAAUCGCAAGCUUGGAAAUAACAUUUGAAAAAUUCGACCUUUGAAAAUGAAGGUAAGUUGGUAGAAAAACUUAGGGUAUCUUUGACGAGUGAAACGGUUUUCCAAAAGUUUUUUAGCCUUUCCAAAACAAAAUGGUGAACUGUCAUCUAAGUUCAUUAAUUCAUAGUUAUUCUAAAGUAGAAUGGUUAUGAAACCUGUUAGACUCCUUUGCUAUUAUAUGUUUUUGUUAGCUUUUUUGGACCCGAUCGUGUACAACGUUCAAAAGAAUUCCUAUCAGUUUACACUUAUUGACCAAUAGAAACAUUGCAUUUAUUUAGUCACAUUCAGUCACAAUUUGAUUGAACAAACAAACAAACAAACGAAGGAUUGUGCACUGUCAGGGAGCUUCCAACAUAAACUAACACGGGACGAAAAAACGGAUUUACCGAACGUCAAAGGUGAAGUCAAAUGGGCGAUAAAGGCCACCUUUGCACACCUUUGUACAACUUUCACGCGCGACAAAUGUUUACCUUUGCUCGCGGUCAAAGGCGAGUCUUCAGGCGAUAAAGGCCGUUUUUGUCACCCCUUUAACCCCUACCUUUGACGCGCGUCAAAGGUAUAUAAUCAUUAGCAUUUGUACCCCUAUCAAAGGCGUCGUCAAAUUGAACAAGUUUGUGGUCUACACUCUAUCAAAGAUAAGGGUGAAAAUAUUUGUUAACAAAAGCUGGACUGCUUCGUACAAAAAAGCAGCUUUUGUUUUCUUCAGAUCUGCGUAGUUUGUUUGUUUGCGCGGGCGGAGAGAGUUUGCAGCCGCGACAAUUUGGCGCCAAAAACAGGGUGUCUUGCUUGGGUUCAGUCUUUCAUCGUCCAAUUGUUGAGUCAUUGUUUUGCGUCGCUGUCAUUACAUGGUAUAUUGAUCGAUCAAGGAGAAAAUGAUCCACUCAAGAUAAGACAAAGAAAAAAUCACUUCGAAAAAGUACAUAUUCUAGAACAUUUUCAAAAACAAUUAUAAAACAGCAAUUACAAUGAUUACCCGCCCGUGUUCGGUAUUGUCGUAUAAAUAUCUUUAAAACAGUAUUCAAAUACAGCUUUUUAAUUUCCUUUCUCAAUAUCAGUUUCGACAUAAGUGUUUGUAGACGUAAUUCAUUGCAUAUUUGCUCUCACCUUUCAGCACCAUUCAAGAGUGUUGUAAAAGUGUAGCGGUCGUAUUUGACUUCAUUUUUGACUAGUAUCAAAGGUAUGGUCACAGCCACUACACUUUUGACUUCAUCUUUGACGUGCGUCAAAGGUAAAGUCAAAGUUACCAGCAUAUUUGACAACGAAUUUGAUAAGGGUUAAAGGAAUAGCAAAGCAUUGAUUCAUUUGACUUCAUCUUUGACGCGCGUCAAAGGAGAAGUCAAAGUUGUUAACAAUUUGACUUCACCUUUACCGAGGUCAAAGGAGUAAGCAAAGAGCUUAUAUAUUUGGCGACAUCUUUGACGCGCGUCAAAGGUGAAGUCAAAGCCAAUACCAUAUUUGACUUAACUUUUGACUCGUGUCAAAAGUGCAGUAAAUCCAAUUUUUCGUCCCGUGUAAAGCACCGUUGUUUUGAACUUUGAUGUUUGGCGGCUUUCAUAACCACCCAACUAAGUAUUUAGCAAUUAAUGAAUGAGGCUGAGUAUCUUAAGAAGAAUUAUGGAGAUACGGCCUCGACGGAUAACACCCUCCGAGAUCUCCAUAAUUCUUCAUAUGAUUCGAAAGCCGAAAAUAAUUCCUAGUUUAAAAAUAUAGCUAAAACAUGUUUACCUCCAUUGAUCGCGAUGUUAAGUUCAUCUUCGAUAGCGUACUUUUAGGGUUGUUCAGCUCCGCAAAUAUUCUCCAAAUAGCAGAUGUCGCUCUUCGAGUUGUCUUCUUGCUGUUCUUGCUGUACUCUUGAAACGAGUGAGAUGUUCGCUAUUUUUUGUUUUCACAACCAAAACAACUCAAGCUCGUCCCCAGGUCUUCUCGGUUAAUGGUGCAUCAACCUGCAAGAAAGCUGCACUUUUGACGUCAUCGGUUCAUUAAUCUCAAAAUUCUUCAAUUAUGGUGAAUUAUGCGUGUGCCUUUAGCUAAUCAGAAUCGGGGAAAUAUUUUGAAUGAAUAAUAAGAGUAAUAAAUUAAUUUAUUAUCCAUAUCUAUUAUAUUUAUUUUUAUUAUAUUUAUAUAUAUAUAUUUUCAUUUUAUUUCGUUUUAGCUGGCACAAAAACCAUGGUUACUGCUGGUUCCAAACUGAUUUGGAUUGUCUCAAUCAAAAACCCAGCAUAGUUAAGGGCGACGAUCAUGGCAACCAGGGGUGGUACUGCUUUGUGGUUGAAAAGUAUAGGACACAGUUGGAAGCAAGAAAAUGUUCGAAAGUGACGUUAAAAUACAUUUGUGAACAAGGUAUUACAUGUGGCAAACGGCAUUCGGAAGAGGCCUUUCCCGAUUCUGCUCGGCAACGUUUGAGCAACUUUAGGCGUUUGGAGCAACCUUUUUGCGGUUCUAGCAACCACGAACAAAUUUUGCCUUUCUGAGCAACUUUUGAGCAAAAUAUAGGUUUAGAGCACAUAUCAAACACGAAAAAGUCAACUAUUUCAUAGAAAACUUCAUUUUUUUUUAAAUUUUUAUAAAUUCAUUUUUGUAUUUUUUUUUUCUUGGCCAAUGUUAGUAAUUAUUGCGAAGAAUGAAAAAUAAAGCUUUUAAUUAAAGUUUACAUAAAAAUAUCAAAAAAAAUAAGGUGGCAACUUUUGCAGUUUAGGUAGCUACUUUUUGGAGUUUUGACAAUUUUUUAGCAACUUUCUGGCAUUCCAGUGAGCAACUUUCCAGCAUUUUACGCGCACAAUCGGGAAAGGCCUAAUUCGGAACGGAUGGAAACGGAACGAACUUACUACCCUGGGCUGUUACAGAGGAUUAAAACGAUGAGUAAGAUGUGGCAUGUCACCCCAUGUAAGGAUGAAUCCAAGACGAACCAAGACAGUCUUGGCCAUGGAUUCUGGAUUCCAUGCUUUGAAACUUUGAGCAUAGUUAUUAGAGGAGACUGGUUAUGAAAAGCGGCAAACAUCAAUGAUAAAAACAACAGUGCUGCAGUUUAUGUUCAAAGCACCGUGAAAGUGCACAAUCCUUUGUUUUCUGUUGGCAAAUUGUUAGAGAAUAAAUUAAUGCAACGUUUUUAUUGGUCAAUACAAUCAAAAUGAUAGGAAUUCUUUUGAACGUUGUGCACUUUCAGGUCCACAAAAACAUAUAACAAAGGAGUCUGACGGGUUUCAUAACCAUUCCACUCAAUUAACUAUGCUUUGAGUUACAGGUUCUAGUCGUUAUCGGGAUUCCGGAUUUCUGAGCGGAAUUCCGCGUUUUCAAAGCCCAGCAUUCCGAAUUCCACGAGCAAAAGUUUCAGGAUUUCGGAAUCCGCGCCGGAUUACUUCAUAUGGGGCGCGGCAUGAUACAAACUUGGGAUCAUUAUACGCGUCUGGGAAACUGCCCACCUACCCCUCCCCUAAGCCAACAUUAACACUUACUUGUCAUUUAGGGUAAAAUGUUGGCUUAAGCGGGUGGGGGGAGGGGGGCUAGGAAACGUAUAACGAUACCAAGUUUGUUUAGUAAUAACUUUAGACUGUUUGACUUCUUAGCUAGACGGGCCGUUUCAUUUAUUGAUUCAUUCACGUCAGCUAGAAUGACAGGGGACUAAGGAAACAUGUUUGAUGAAAAUCAUGGUGGUUACGCGGAGACACUAAUUUCUUCAAGUAGCGAUAGUUAUUAAUACUUAUCGUAGCGAGAAAAUGUUUUAUGGGUUAUACUAAUCUUGUAUAAAUUUAUCCGUCAGAUGAUACAGCUGCAUCGUUAAAGUGGUAACGCGAUAUGCUUUAGAGUUGGGGGGGGGGGGGGUGUUUAAGCCAACAUUGAACGUCCUUCAGCUCCUGUAUGUACGAGUGGUUCUGAUUAGCCAGUUUAACGACCGAUAUUUUUAUUUCUGUCUUGUAAUAAUUAAAAGUAUUAAGACAAACUGCCAGUGAUAAAGGAGCAGAAUAUCAAAGUGAGGCUGAUUAUCAUGCAUUGGUAAGAAUUCAUGUAGUUUAAACUACCAGUUUUAUGAUUAUUUAGUUGUAGACUCUCCUGUAUCAUCAGAAACUGCAUUAAAGGAAAGUUCUUCAUUUAAAGAUUCGCUAGCAACUGUAACAGCCCAAAUACCAGCUACUACUUUGGUCGUAACCACAAAGACCGUGUCAGAUAAUUUAGAAAAGCAUCAAACCUCAACUGUAACUCCAACAAUUACAACAGCCAUAAAGAACACAGUGGCGACAGCAACAACAAAAACAACAAUGAAAGCAGCAAUAAAAACAACAACAUCGACAACAACAGCAGCAAUAACAACGAGCAGAAAGAAUGAUACAGGAUCACUAAGAACGCUAAUUACUGAUAACCCAUUCUUAUCAAGGAGUCUGAUGACAACGGGACGUUUUGGUAUAACACAAACGUUAGCAGUCACAAUCCCAUCUGUUAUGAUAGAAGCUUCUCGAACAAACUCAUCUCAACCAGGGAAGCGAACUCCUGACGACAUGGUAUGUUCGCAUCCACUCACUAGCCAAUGUACCAGAGGCACCCAACGACGGUUUUUUCCUAAAUGCAUUGAAAACACUUUUCAGGCUAUCCAGAGUACUUUUAGACCUUUAGAGAUACAUUCUAAUCGGCGCUAUAAAAUUUACAUCUGUUCGGUCAUCCUAGGGCAAUUUGAGUCUUUUCGUAAUUACCAGGACUUCAUUAUUAUCUUCUGGAAAAUUUUAGGUGAGAGAGGAAGAGAGAAUUUUUCUGAUUCCUCUUUCCAUCGCAUUUUUGAGUCCGAAAAUUGUAGGUUUCCUUUUUUCUGCGAAAAAUAGCUUAAUCUAGGGGGUAAAAUGCCAAAAAUUAAACUUCACAAAAUCGUAGGGAAUUUAUCGGAUAAGAUUCGAAAAUUGUACAUGCAUGAAUGGAACGGUCAUCUAGAAAUUCUUAGUUUUCCCCAAGGUAUAGAAAAUUGUAGGCAAUUUGUGCUUCUCCGAAGAGAUAUUUUACAGGAAACUGUCGUUGGGUGCCCCUGAUGUACACUGAGUGAUGUUCUAACAUUCGGAAGAAUUUUACGUAAUAAUAAGUGGUGACAUCAGAAGCUAAACAAACUCACUGUCUGAUAUUCAAAUUACAUUUACCUCGUUUUAGUUGCAGCAAUACUUUUCAGAAAUGAGAGCUCUGAAUGUCACAAUGAAGGAUUCAAUACGGGUAAGAUAACUGUAAUAAUGGUUUAUACGAGUAGGACCAAUCGUAAUUUGGAAGGGGACGAAGAUGGAGACCAUGGAGUGAAAGCCGUCAGAAAUCAAUCGAUAAGGACCACAAGCUUUGAAUGCUUGCUGUACUUUAACAAAUGCCGGCGUUGAUCAUGAAUUGUUCACUUUUAACUAAACCGAGGGUAUGUCACAGUGUUACUACCGCUGCGCAUGCAUUCCGUAGCUACCAUGAAACCACGUGCUUUGAAAUCUGAUACUUUGUGAGUUAUGUCUUUUGUAAGCUUUGCUUAUGGAACUCAAAACAGUCGGUAAGUUUUCCUCUUGUAUUUCGGACGUUGACUUCGAGCUUUUGAACACUGAAUUCAUAGUGGAUUUAUGUUUUGGUUGUAGAAAAUCUAACUCAGCUCGUGCGUAGGAUUUCCGGGAUUGGAUUUGAAUUCGUUUGGAACUACUCUGACUUCAUUGUAAAUUGGAUUUGACACAGCAGUUGAGGCUGUUGAUUUAUUUGGUUCUGGAUCUAUUCGGAACGUGGAAUCCUUUGUGGAAUAAAGAUAAGGUUUAUGUAAGGAGUUCGAGUUUUCGACUUAGUUUCGUAACAGUUUUCGACUUUGGGCCGCAACACACAGUCUCUCAAAGCAUAGUUAAAGUCAUCAAGGAAAAAUCACGAGCUUUAUAUCAUGAACACAUAAACAAUAUCUACGACCACUUUGUAUCACAAGCACCUAACAAUAUUUAUCACUUCUCCUUAAUUAUAGGAUGCAGCAAACAUUACCAGUGAACUUUUCAAUUAUAUAAUAAGCAACCAGUCAGCAAAGAAGGGCAUUAACAUAUUGAUAGCUACUCAAGAACUGGAGUCAUUUGCAGUUGACUACGGCAAGAUUCAUUACCAAGCUAAUGGAAGUGCGAUCAUUUCCCAAAAAUAUUUUGGUGGGUAAUGAAUUAAAGGAGAAGAGAAGAGGUUCAAUUAAGCCUUCUGAGUGCAUCUUAUUUUAUUAUUCAUUUAAAAUAUUUCGCCGUUUCUGAUUGGCUCUAAUCCCCGACUAAGUCUUAAAUUGGAAGAUAGGAGCAAAUAUAUACCAUCAAACAUAAAAAUCGAGUUUCUUUCUGUUAAAUGAUCAUUAUAACACUCAGCUUAACAAGAAAAAAAAGCAGACUGCGGUAAUAAACAUAUUAAGUCUUAUAUUGUAUAUAUCGUAUAUACUGAUGUCGAAAGCAAGAAAAUUACUAACUAAAGGAGAGUCGCUCGCCGCCACGGUGAGAAAUACUUUUAUUACCUUUGUUUAAGGUAUGGAUAUUCCAUUAGUUAAUUCUUUGGUUUAUUUUUUAUUACGUUUGCAAUAAAAUGCGUCGUGUGUGUGUGUGGGUGCAUUUAUUUAGUCAGUUAUACUAUUCUCUCUUAGCGAUGAAGAUCCAACGAGUAUCAACGAACACCAAAGGAGUUAUCAGUUUCUCUUCAAGCGAAACAAAUUUCUCUGGAGGAGAAGAUAACGCAAACAUUUCUAUACCCUCAGCAAUUUUCCUAGGAGAAGGUAUAAGAUUUCGUGCUUUUGAUGUAUUGCUGAUACCUUCUUUGUUGAGGUUGUUAAUAGUUUAAAACGACCGAAAUGCCACAUGAUGAUAACAACAAAAGCAACAACAACAACAACAAUUUUAUUUGUAUUCAAAUCUGAUUGGCUAUCAAAUGCCCUGAUUUCAGCCUUAAUAGGACAGUAGGCGUCAUGCCUAAGUAAUUGGACAGUACGCACCAUUAAGCGCGCUUGCUGCCACCAAAAGGUCUAGGAAUUUCUUGUGUUUUGAUUAAAAAAAAAAAAAAAAGAGUUUGUUAAAGUUAUGAUUAAUUGGUAACUUCAUGUCGUCCAAUUCGGUCUGUAAUCAUAUUCGUGAUAAAACAAAUUGCACUCCCCCUGCGCGGUCAUCCGAUUUUAUUAAUCACGAGUAUGAUUACAGACCGAAUUGGACUCCACUCAGUCCUGUCUAAUGCACGGAGUCUCUGUAGGUUCAGUUUAUCUUCAAGAACCUUUUAAAGCUUCUACGUAGCCAGGUUUUAUAUUGAGUUACGGCGCAAAAACAAAUAAAUUAACACAGAAAAUUCAACGAAUUUUUGAAGCAAAUUCAGAAAAUUUCGAUAAAUCGACGGACACGUACCUCAUCUUGCAUGACUUCUGACCACUGAAUUACCAUGCGCGGAUGUACAUACGAAAACCAUUAUAAAUUUUGUUUUUUAAUAACUAACCCUACUCUAGACAAAAACUCCAUCUUUGCCAAAGAAGGCGCCUUGUGAUCUUGAAGAUUCCUUGUUCUUUUUUAAUUGGUCAGUUUAUCAUUUUGAUAAAAAAUAUAAUAUGUUCAUGAAGUAAAUGAGCAAAAUGCAAAUAAUAUAAUUAUUACUUAGAUGCUGUUGUUGUGAGCAUUCUUUAUGAUGGUAUCGAGCAAUGGUUCUCCGAUAAAGGAAAGCUGGAGAAAGAAGGGUUAGUUUCUUUAUUUUUGGUUUGUUUCUUAGUAAUUUAUUCAUCAGUCAUUCCCUUUCUGUCGACUUAUAUUCAGUACUUAUUUAUUGUUUUCCUCUCAUAUAUAAGGUAAUAUAUUAAAUUUUAAAUUCUAAGUUAACUCCAAUCUCAACACAAGCAUAAUUAUAUAGCUUAAUCUUUUUUUUUUUUUUUUUCACCAUAUAUUAUGUAUAGGAGCAUUUUUCCUAUUCAAUAUAUAUCGGGGUAAUUGAUGAAUAGUGUAUAUUUUAACCCAGAUCAUUUAGAUAAUAUAAGCAGUUCGAGUUAAGACGAUGGCGAUGAUGCUUAUAAUAACCGAGUUUAUACAGUAUAGUCAGUCUGUAUAGUUCACGUCCACUGAUCUGGAAACUUCAAGUGAAAACAGUUUACGUUAAUUUAUUCUUUUAUUUAUUUAUUUUUGUUGUGUGUUUAUUUUUUUAGUCAUUUAUUUCUUUAUUUAUUUGUUUAUUCAUUUCAGCGAAACUUUAACUAACCUCCGGCUUGGGGGACGAAUCAUAUCCAGCACUGUAAAUCCAGCGCCUUCUGGUAUUCUCGAGGAAAACGUCACCAUUUCAUUCCGUUACGAAAAGGUACAUGAAUGCUUACAAUAGGUAAAUACGUUCUUGUAAACAAAGAAGGUUAGAAAAUGAUUAAAAGUGGGAAGCAGGUUUAUAUGAAAAUUGGUGAAAGUUAAUAGCUGGAAAGAAAAUUGCCACAAACAGAUAAAGCUCACAGCCUUAUGUUUUUCCUUUAAAUCGUCGACAUCGAGAGCUUACGGUUUCACAUUAAUGAGUACCUAGUUGGACGAGCGCUUAUUAUUACGGGUGACCAUCUUGGUUUCAAAUAAUAUAAUACUAUCAAAUAAUCCGAUUUGUUGUUAUUAUUAUUAAUUUCACUCUCUUUAUUCCCCUCAGAAACUGCAAGAUGAACACAAUCCUUACUGUGUGUUUUGGGACUUCACCCUCAAGUAAGUAAUAUAUAGAUUUAGUCAGGGUUAAAAGCGAAGCUCUCAUUCAUUACUAUAAAUACUUAUAGUUCACUCAAACCAAAGUAAAAUCGUGUAAUGCUAAACGGCCAAGGCAACGAUGACAAAAAAGGUGUAAUUGGUAAAAACAACAAAACCUUUGCUCGUGCAGCAUACUUGUUUUGUACAUUAUUUUCUUUGUCGUUGUUUUGAACGACUACAUCGUGAAACGUUCUAGUAACGUUUUAUGGAGGAAACUGAUGUCGUAUGUUCUCAUAGAAAAAAAAAAUGUUGCUUCGUGUUCCUGUUCGCUUUCUAUUUCACUGCCGCUCAUUUUCACCUUACCCUUCGCUAAAAUUUCUCAUUUUCUCACCAACGCUUUAAAAUUUUCAUGCUGUGUGGCUGACGAAGCUUUUCUUAUUUAUUUUUAUCUCUGGCUCUAGAUAUUUCUCUAUCUUCUGUCUCGCUCUAUGCUAGUUCUUUCUCUAUUAUCCACGUCAGCGUAGACAUUAAAAUGUAGUCGAAAGAAGACUUGGCUUUGUUGUCGCUUUUUCUCCCUGAAAGUCCAGGUGGCCAAGAUGACCAUAACAAGGACGUUUAUCAUCAAGUUAAACGCAGGUUGUAGCCUCCACACAAAGUUAAAAAGGUCGUCGUUCCACAUUAAUUGUUUACCCUUUGGUGAGGACGGACGGGCGUACGGACUCGUGACUAGCAAAAUUUCUCGGAUGCAUGGAUAGCCAAAUUUUCUUACUGUCUUUCUUUCUUAGUUUUUGAGUUGAAAACUCGGCAAGUUUACUUGUUUAACACAAUCCCUCGUCGGCUGAAACUUGGAAAAUCUUAACAAAUAUGCUGCGUAAUUUUUUUUUUUUUUCACUUAAGCUGACAUUUAAAGCGAGAAAAAUCCGGAUUUUGGAAGUCAUCGUUUUUGCAAAACAAGUACUGAUUACGCGUGCAAGAGUUCGUGUACAAGAUAAGAAUUUCUUUUUUAAUCGGUGCCAUAACAAAGCGUUUUUUCUCGGGGAAGUUGGUUUAUAAAAGCAAUAGAAAACGUUUUCCCUGUAUUUGCAUAGUCUGAUAUUAAUACUGGAGGGGUUGGGAGAAUUCUCGACAGUUAUGCAAACCCUAGACUUCGUCUCGGGUUUGCAUAACUGUCAAGAAUUCUCCCAACCCCUCUCGUGUUUAUCAGAGGCACCCAACGAGAACAUAGUUCAAAACCGCUUAAACAUAAAAUUGUUGAACGUAUUUUAGUAUUUAAAGGGAAGAUAUAGGCAUAUUUUUAUCCCCUAAAAAUUUUUCAUCUGUUCGGAUUUCCUAGCUGAAAGUCUAGUGAUCCGAAAAUUAUAGGGAUCAAAACUUAACUUUUCGAAAAUUUCAGCCAAAAAAAAGGCUCCCGAAAAUUCUAGGUGACCUUUUUAGGGUAAAAAUAGGCAAUUAUACCAUUUUUUAGAUGUUCGAAAAUCCUAGGAGAGGCAGGAAAGCAAGAAAUUUUACAACAAAUGUUCCGAAAAUUCUAGAUCUCAAAUCGUCUUCCGAACAGAUAUUUUUCCGAAAAUUGUGCCCCUGGUUUAUAUCAGGCUAUGCAAACACGGAAAACACUUUCUAUAUAUUGCUUCAACACUGCACUAGUAAUUUGGACAAGCAGUUUAAAAAAAGCGGCCUUAAUUAGAUUUAAAAACCAUAUAUAACAGUUGCCUUUUGAUCAUGAUACCUUUUGAUCAUGAUAUUUUCUCAUAUUUUCUCUUAUCCUUCAGCUUUGAAUCUUACUUUUUUAGUGUAACAAGUUCCUAUUUUCACACAUUGUUAUCACCGUUCACCAAGCAUCUUUCUUUCCCUUUUUUGACGAUAACGUUUAAAAAAACUAUACGUUUUCCUUUUGUUUUCAUCUCAGAUCGAAGAACAACGGUUCUUGGUCAUCUGUAGGAUGUAGGUUGGUCAAAAAAUCCAAUAGGCAAGUCACUUGCACUUGCAAUCAUCUCACAAACUUUGCUGUUCUCAUGCAAGUAGGAGAAAACAAAGCCAGUGAGAAGGUAUCCCGCUAGUUUGACCUUUGACAGUUAUUUUAACAAUUAGAAAGGAUGGUUUGUGGACAAAAUAAAUCCGGAAAGCGUUAGAUGGUGGGAACGCUUCUUACGCCGCUGUUUCAGUUUGUUUUCGCUGCUGCGGAUAAUCACGAAGACGACGACCAAUAGGACGGUGCAUGUAAUGACUGACAAGUUUUAUUUAGCUCGUGUUAUUUUGAGUAGAAGUGCUGAAACAUAGUUGCAAUUGCUCGAUUCUUUAAAAUGAGAACUAAUAUGUUAAUAAGUUACGCAUAUUUUCUAAUAACAGAUUAUGUUAAUAUAUGUCUAACUUGAAAAUAAUUCCCACCAAUAAUCUGUUGAUGUUGUCCUUCAGCAGCAUGAUUAGAAAAAAGUAAAAGUAUUGUUCAAUUGAGGCCCAAAACUACUGCUUUAAAAAAUAAAAUUGGCACCCAAGCUUUCCCCGAUCAAUGGCAUCAUCAGGGAUGAUUCCCUGAUGAUGCCGUUGAUCGGCGAAAGCUUGGAUACCAAUUUUAUUGUUUAAGACAGCAGUUUAAGGCCUCAAUUGAACAAUAUUUUUUAAUUAUUUUUUAAUUCCCAAAAUUUUAUAAGAAUGUCUGAGCGGGGUUUGCUUAUUAACAGCCCAACACAAUUUUACCUCUUUCUACUCUCGGGAUGUGUUCGAUCGAUUGUAUUUCGAAAUAGAAACAAAUGACAACAUCUAGAAAUCUGCUUGAAAUAAAAUAUUUCGAUGAAUGUAGCAUUCAGUUGAUCUAAAAAUCAUGGUAGUGAACAGUUGUCAAAAAAACUUUUGCGUAUUCUUAUUCCGGCUGAAUACGAACGAUAUUAAACAAAAAUUAUUAAGUGAGAAAAUAAACACAAACAUUUUUUUUUUGUUUCCCAGCAAAUUUCAAGAGACCAUAAAAUAGCUUUGGAAGUUAUAACUUACAUUGGGUGUACCCUGUCACUUGUUGGAGAAUCGCUCACUGUUGUUGCAUAUUGCCUGCUCAUGUAAGUUGCAUCGGGAACAGCUUAGCAUGGAAAAAAGAAGUAUGGUAAUGUUUAAAAUCAAGGCUUGCCAGGUUGCCUUUGUUUGCACUGUUUAGGUUCCUCCCCUUUCUUCUUCAUCCGAGUGUUAUUUAACAAUUAUUCCUCGAGCCCGAAUGGGCUCUGAGGCAAUAUAGCCCAUGAGGUCGAAGGCCGAAUGGGCUAUUGACUCAGAGGCUAUGAGAGCGAGAGGAAUAAUUGUUUUAGUAAACUUCAACUAGUUGGUAAAAAAUAUCGAGACAAAACAACUUUAACUAGCAAAACGCGAGUGGGCUAUAAAAUACAGCCCAGUAGUAGCUCAACCAAUCGGAACGGAGCAUUGAUAAUAGACCACUAGUUGCAUCUUAUGCGUUUUUAUGUGGCAUUGUUCAGUGCCUAUUUGUUUAAGCUUUUCUAUUUUUCUCUCACAGGAAUUUAAAACAAGAACAGAUUCAAAUACGUCUUAACCUCGUGGUUGCCAUAGCAAUCGCGCAAAUAACCUUCCUUUCUGGGAUUAAUGCAACAAAACCGAAGGUAGGUCAAAUAAAAGCAGGUUAUCAUUUACU